AUGGAAGUCCUGAGCUGCGGACGCGUGGCGUGUGUUGCUGAUGCCUUGCGCCCAGGUCCAGCUGCGGUUGGCACCCGGUUCCGGCGCAAGACAGGGGUUCGAGCCCCCACUGGUGGCAGCACCCGAUCUGCUUUGACGGCUGCCGCCCUGGCAAGGCUUGGACAUGCACGACUGUGGCGGCCAAGCACUUCUUCUACACGGCUUCGAGCAGCAACUGAGGACGAGAGGCGGGUUCCGGACAAUCCCGAAAAAGUGUUCCGGGAAGCUUUCGACGUGGAGGUCCAACAGAUCGUGCUGUUGUUGGAGCGCCUAGAGGCCUUACGUCCGGAUCUUCCUGACCGAGGCGUCAACCAGGAUUUCGCCAUGAAGCUCAAAGCAGUCAAGCAGCUGUCACCAAACCAGGCAGGAGGCAAGCCAUCGUGGCGAGAGGCUUUUGAGGCAGCGAAGCAAGUGACCGUCUCCUUGGAGGAACUCUUGGAAGAGGCCCGGACUAUGCCGCCUCUAUCAGCUGACUUCGAGGACUUUCCGUCCACUGGCCAAGGUAACGAUGGAGCAUCUACGGACUCGACGACCACGCCUGUGCAAGUCCAGGAGCCCGAAGAAGUCAAGAAUUUGGAGGGUGUAUCGGAGAAGAUCAUCGAGGAUGAAUCCGUUCUCCGCUUCAUUGCCAUGCCUGUUCUGGGGUUGGGCCAGAGUGGGGAUGGUGCCAGCCUGCCUUCCGUGGAGAAGGUACGACGUGCUUUGGGUGCUGACUGUUUCAUCGUGCAGUCCCAGGUGCUUUUCGACCGUGUCUACAUCUUCACCGGGCAGGUGGCUUCAGAUGCCACGCCUUCCGCAGCAUUGGCUGCGAUGAGAAAGCGACUGGCAGCCUUGUCAAGCUCAGCUGAGCUCUUCUUGCAGCCGACCAUGAAUUCCGGACAGAGUGCGUUGCUCGUCAUGCUCCGGGAUGACAUGCCGAGCGGUGACUUCUUGUGGUGGCAGUGGAUCCUGUGUGGCUUCGCAUUGGUUGCCUCCGUGGUGUCGGUGAACUUCGAAGCAUUCACAGUAUCCCCGCUGACUUCGGAGCAGUUCGCUGUAGUGAGCAUAAACGAGCUCCCGGCGCUUGCCAGGCAAACGGCACCAUCAGCUGCAUGCAUUCUGGCCGUAGUCGCAGCCAUGGAGGCAGCUAGGAGAGUGGCAGCGGCCAAGUAUGGCGUUGUUCUUACUCCACCGUUCCUGGUUCCCGUUUGGCCAAUUCCGUCUAUCGGGUGUUUCGGAGCCAUCAGCCGCCGUUUGUCCAUAGUCCCCAGCGAAGAAGCGAAUCUGGCAAUGUCCGUGUCGGCAGGCCUGACCGGAUAUCUGGCGUCCCUCGUACUCAUUGUCGUGGGUAUCGUGGCCGGCCCAGACCAGGAGCAGUCCAUCAGCUUGAACUACGAGCCUUUGCCGCUGGUGUUGAAGCUUCUGCUUCGGCCGAUGCUGGGAGAGCCAUCAGAUUCCAGGCAAUCCGACCCCUUUAGCGAUCCUGUUGCUAUAGCUUUUCCUGCAAACCCGGUCAUGAUCGGUGGCGUAAUCGGUCUCGUUCUCACUUCGUUAAACCUUUUGAGUCUGGGGCGCUUGGACGGAGCCAUCCUCGCCCGAAGUUCGCUCCGAAGUCUGAGACUUCUUCCAGGCCUCCUGAGUUUCGGCAUUCUGUGCGCAGGCUGUCUCAGCACGUCUGGAGCCAGCUACUUGUAUGGGCUUUUUGCGAUAUAUGCCUUGGUCUUGCAGAGUGGCUACAACCGCCCGGUGCGCGAUGGUGUGUCUGAGCCGGAGACGUCCCUCAGCCUGACGGCCAUUGCUCUAGUAGUCACCGGCAUUCUGCUGUCUUUGCCAGGUUCGUUCCCUGGUCUGCAGACAUUGUAG